AUGGUGAUCGGGGUUGCAAUGAUGGCGGCCAUGGUCCCGACGGUCUAUGGGAUAAGCGAAGCCAGCAACAGGCGCAGCCAGGAUAACGGAAACGAACAAACCGCCACCAAGCAGGAGGAGCGAUACCAAUUGCUCGCCGAAUGUCGUUCGCCGUCAGGUAUGGCGAUCCAAAAUGCCAAGGUUUAUUUGAGCAUGGACGGAAAGAUGUAUAUAAGCCACCACCCAGUGCGAGGGAUGGUGCCGUUCAAUGGACAUUUCUACGCACACCCUGACUUUGAGCAAGGCAACACGGUCGGCUUCGUCACAGUCAGCCCUGAAACACCACCACAGCUGCGCUGGGCUUUCGUUGACGCCAACACGCACCAACUAGCGUGGGGUGGAGCCAAAGAAAGAGAAGGCCACAUCAGUGGGCCAUUUGGUUUGCACGAUGACGAGGGAUCCAUAUCAUUAAACGGAUGCCACAGGUGGAUUGCGGUCAGCUUGGGUUCGGAGUCCAAUGAGGAAGAAAGAUUAGAUUCUGGAUCUCCAGCGGGACCUGAUCUUUGGGGGCUCUAUUUUGACACCAGAGAAAAUCAGUCUACGAACCUACCAGCCGGUGCAGAACAUAUUGAAGUUGAACUGAAA